AUGCUGCUAAGGGGGAUGCAGGACCCCGGUCCUAGGGGGCGCAGUUCAGACCUGUCAAGGGGUCCUGAGCCUGCACCAGUAGGGUCCCAUGCCUGUAGGUGUGCAGGCAUCGCUGUGUACAGUCUGAUUUCUUUGCCCGUAUCUCUGGCGCCAAGGUGUCUCAUUGGUGAAGUGGGUCAAAGGCGGGGAGCAGUGGGGCGACCCACGAACCUCACUGCCGCCCUUCUCCGGAUAAGCCAGAGGAAUGGUGGCAAGCCAGGCCACUUCCAGGUUUCUCCCGAGGGUCCUGAAGACCCAGUCCUGGGAGAAAAAGCUUGCUAG